GGUUUUAGUCUGAAAAUGAGUUACGGCAGUAGAGGGCCCCCAAAUACAGAAGGAAUGACAUCUUUGAAGGUGGACAAUUUAACAUACAGAACUCGACCUGAAGAUCUUCGACGGGCCUUCGAGAAAUUUGGAGAUGUUGGAGAUGUUUACAUACCACGCGAUCGAUUUACAAAGGAGAGUCGAGGGUUCGCGUUCAUACGGUUCUACGACAAAAGGGACGCCGAAGAUGCAAUGGACGAAAUGGAUGCUUCGAUGAUGGAUGGAAGAGAAUUGAGAGUUCAGAUGGCAAGAUAUGGUAGACCGACAAAUCAAAGAUAUGAUAAUCGAAGAUACGAUAACAGACGAAACAACUAUCAUGUAAUAUAUUUCAGGUCCAGAUCAAGGGACAGACAUUCAAGAAGACGAAGAUCAAGAUCCUACAGUAGAUCAAAAUCUCGCAGUCGAUCAAGGAGUAGAUCAAAAUCAAGAAGCCCAACUCGUUCAAGAAGCAGAUCAGCAAGUGAACCUAGAAAAUCGAGAUCAAGAUCACCAUCGAAAUCACCGCAAGCAAAUGGAGGAGGAUCACCGGGUGAUGCACAGCAGGAAGCAGAUUAAAAGGGGUGUUCAAUUUAGUGCUACGACACCAGUGUUAUUGGCUGGGUUUUUAAGACAAUGGAGAGAUAACCUGUGCUGCUGACAUUAACUCUAGGAAACCUAGUACAGUUAUAAAAGGUUACUAUCAUUUCCAUGGUAGAUGUCUUUAUCUCUCCAUCAUGUAAAUAAUUAUAGACAAACAGUUUUUAUUUGUGAGCAAUCUUGAAUGCUAGUUACACUUGCAUCCAUUUAUGAGAAUCCUUUUGAUUGCUAUCAUUCAGUUUUUUAAAAUCCAUCAGUUUUGAAUUUAAAAGAUUUUAAUGUCUAAUAAAUUUACAUUUAUUAAC